UUAUUAUUAUUUAGCCACCACCUCCUCCUCUUCCUCCUCCUCCUCCUCCUCCCUGCACGAGCACGAACACCAGCCUUUUAUAUAGCGUCGCCUCCUCUCGGCAGCACCCUUGCCAGCCUCUCUUCUUCUCCCGUCCUCGCCUUCCCUGCCCUGCUCAGGGGAACUGGAUCAGGGGAGAAGAGAAGGCAAGCAAGUGGUGGUGACCAUGGAGUUCAAAGCGGCCGUUUUCACCGCCGCCGUGCUGGCCGUGCUCCUCUGCUCCCCGGCAUCGGCCCAGAAGAGUCCGCCCGCGCCGGCGCCGGUGUCCGUGUCAAUCCCGCCGUCCCUCGCGCCGGCGCCGGCGCCGGCCCCGCGCUACGUGGACCUGGCGGCGCUCCUCGACGUGGCCGGCCCGUUCCACACCUUCCUCGGCUACCUGCAGAAGACGAAGGUGAUCGAGACCUUCCAGGCCCAGGCCAACAAGACCGACGAGGGCAUCACCAUCUUCGUCCCCAAGGACUCGGCCUUCGCGGCGCUCAAGAAGUCCACCUUCUCCAACCUCACCAGCGACCAGCUCAAGACGCUGCUCCUCUACCACGCCUUCCCCAAGUACUACCCGCUGGCGCAGUUCAGGAACCUCAGCUCGCUCAACCCGGUGAACACCUUCGCCGGCUCGCCCUACACGCUCAACCUCACCGACGACAUGGGCAGCAUCAGCGUCGAGUCCAUGUGGUCCAAGCCCAAGAUCUCCAGCAGCGUCUACGCCACCAAGCCCAUCGCCGUCUACUCCAUCAACAAGGUGCUCCUGCCCAUGCAGCUCUUCAGCAAGGACCCGCCGCUGGCGCCGGCGCCCGCGCCCGCGCCGGAGUCAGGGGCGUCGGACAUCGCCCCCAGCCCGGGCGGCGCCAAAGCGGGCGCCGGGAACGGCAAGGCGGACUCGACGAGCGCCGGGCAUGUCGGUGCCGCGAAUUGCUUGGGGCUGCUGGCUGCCGCGGCAGGUGGCCUGAUGCUCCUGUGGUGAGAGAGGACACAUGGAUGGAUGGUUCCUGUCAUUUGUAAGCACUUGAAUUUGAUUUUGAGCUGGUUGAUGGAGGCAUUCUUUUGGACAUAGUAGGCAUGAUGUUAGGAUUGAGUCGGGGUAUUUUACAUCGUAUUGCUCUCAUGCAUAAUCAUGAUCAUUACUCAUAAAUUGACGGACGGAUGAAUAUCGAAAGAGGUUUCGUCACCUUUAUUAUGA